UGCUAAGUGGAAAGCGGCCACUCUCUUCAUCGCUAUCACUCUCUGCUCUAGAUUCUAUCCAUACGCCCUUCUUUGCUUCCAGCCCUCCUCAGCGUCUUCCUCUCUCUCAAGCUCUGCUUGGCUCGAACCAUAACAACAAACACCAAUACCUCGCCUCACUCUCAAUCUCUCUCUGAAACUCUGCUCUCUUCUCCAACAAUAACUCUGUUUCUCUCAUCGUGAAACAGAAAGAAAAGACUUCUCGAUCUAAUCUCUCACAGCCUCACUCUCUCGAUCUCACGAUUACAGAAUAGAAACAACAACUCUCGGCAAUUUCUCUCGAUCUCAUCCCAUGAAUCUCCGACUACAACCACCGACAACAUCAUCGUCGUUAUCAAUGACAACAUUUUUAACUGAAUUCUGGUCACACACUCUCAAUUUCAGAACCCAUUCAAACCGCACUUCUCGCCAUUCAAACCCCAACUUCGUCACUUCCUCAACCCCACUUCUAAACGAAGGCAACACUAAUAACCGAAGAACAAGAAACAAGCAAGCUCAAAUCAGAGUCAAUGAAACAAGGCCAAAACUUGAUCAAAAUUAUGACUUUCGAGACACCAAUUUAAUGGAAGCUCUCGACAGGUCAUGCAAAUCAGGUAAGUACGAUGAGUCUCUCUACUUACUUGAGCAAAUGGUUAAUAGGGGUUAUAAUCCUGAUGUUGUUCUCUGCACAAAAUUGAUUAAGGGUUUUUUCAAUUCUAAGAAAAUCGAGAAAGCUAUUCAGGUUUUGGAGAUUUUGGAGAAGCACGGUGAGCCUGAUGUUUUUGCUUAUAAUGCUGUUAUAACCGGCUUUUGUAAAGCUGAUAGAGUUGAUGCUGCCAAUAAGGUGCUUGAUAGAAUGAACAAGAGAGGUUUGGCUCCUGAUGUUGUUACUUGUAAUAUUUUUAUUGGGAUGUUGUCGAGAGGGCUUCGACCUGAUGCAUAUACUUAUAAUAUUCUGUUGAAGAGUCUUUUGAAUGAAGGAAAAUGGAAAGCGGGGAAGAGAUUGAUAUCGGAUAUGUCAGAUAAAGGUUGUGAGCCGGAUUCUGUGACAUACAACACGUUGAUUUAUGCUUUUUGCAAAGAAGGAAAAAUAAAUUUGGCUUUAAAAUAUUUGGAUAACAUGAUAUCAGAUGGUCUUUUGCCUGAUAUUGUUUGCUAUAACUCAGUCUUGGCUUCUCUGUGUAAUAAUGGACAUGUUGGCAAGGCUUUGAACAUCUUUGAGAAGCUCGGUAAAGUGGGUUGUCAUCCAAAUGUAAUUUCUUAUCAUACAUUGUUUGGUGCAUUGUGGAGCAGCGACAAUAAAAUUAGAGCGUUACGGAUGAUUCUGGAGAUGUUAAGCAAAGGCAUUGAUCCUGAUGAGUUCACCUAUAAUUCACUUAUUUGUUGCUUGUGCAGAGAUGGAUUGGUGGAUCAGGCAAUUGAGUUGCUGGUUGACAUGAUGGAGAGUCACAAGUUUCAGCCUACUGUUACUAGUUACAAUGCUGUUAUUCUUGGAUUGUGCAAGGUGCAAAGAGUCAUUGAUGCUAUUGAGGUGCUUGCUGCUAUGAAUCAGAGAGGAUGCUUGCCAAAUGAAACAACCUACUUAUUGUUGAUUAAAGGGAUUGGUUUUGGAGGAUGGCGAAAUGACGCGAUGGAGUUGGCUAACUCACUUGUUAACAUGGGUGCUAUAUCGGAAGAUUCAUUCAAACGUUGGAACAAAACGUCUAUUUUAGACUUAAUCAUUUGAUCUCUUAACUUAAUUUAAAGUUCCACUUUAGUCCUUUAUUUAAUAAAUGUUAGUUUUAACACUAAUGCAAAAAGAACAAUGUAAUUUUUAAAUUUACACCCGAUAUAUAAAAAACGGGUGUAAAUAAGAAUUGCAGUGGCAAUUUUGUAAAUAAAGUGUCCUUUUAAGUGUUAUCACCUUACAAUA